CCUCCUGUCCUCAGCUCUACCCGCCUCGAGGCUCCUCCUCUUCCAGGCAGGUCACAUGACGUCCUGCAAUCCCCGCCCUUCUCUCUUCUUCCCGUUGUCGGAGGAGGUGAUCGUUACAGUGCAGUCUGCAGACUCCUCGUCAUAUAUGAUAGCGCCAUAAUGACCACCCUGGACGAUAAGCUGUUGGGGGAGAAGGGUCAGUACUACUACAGCAGUAGCAGUGAUGACGAGGACAGCGAGCAGGAUCGUGCGGUACGGCAGGGAACCGUGGGAGAAUCCGAUGGAGGGAAGGAGGGAAGUGCAGUCAACACAGGUCCAAAAGGCGUCAUUAAUGACUGGAGGCGCUACAAGCAGCUGGAGACGGAGCAGAGUGAGGAGCAGAAGAAGGAACUGGAGCAGCUGGUGAAAAGGUUGUCUAUGACGUGUAAGUCUCACAAUGAUGAGGAGAAGGACAAACAGAAGCAGAAGGAGCUUGACGAAAAAAUACACUCAAAGAUGACGAUGCAAGAGUACAAUAUGCUGAACGAGGAAGACGAUGAAGACUUCUUGGAGCAAUACAGGAAGCAGAGAAUUGAUGAGAUGAAGCAGCAGCUCUGCCACUCGCAGGUUUUCAAGCAAGUGUUUGACAUCAGCAGCGGUGAGGAGUUCCUGGACUCUGUCGAUAAAGAACAGAAGAACACCGUGGUGGUAAUCCUCAUCUACGAGGACGAGGUUUCGGGUGCAGAAGCUGCCAGCGGUAGCAUAAUCUGCCUGGCAUCCGAGUACCCCGGGGUGAAGUUCUGCAGGGUAAAAAGUUCCCUUUUAGGAACCAGCAGUAAAUUCACCAAGAGUGCUCUGCCAGCGCUGCUGGUCUACAAAACCGGGGAGCUGAUUGGCAAUUUUGUUCGGAUAACGGAUCAACUCGGGGAAGAUUUCUUUGCUGUCGACCUGGAAGCAUUUUUGCAGGAGUGCAGCUUGUUACCAGAGAAGGAUCUGGUCCGCACUUCUGUGUGUAAUCCUUCCAUUCAGGGCUACAGUGAUGACAGCGACCUAGACAUAGACUGAUGACUCCUUCCGGAUUGUAUAUUGGUGCUGCUUUCUUUAUAUGUUAAUUUAUAAUAGUUUAUAUAAUUACCAUGGUUAAAAUAUAGCGUAACCCGUUCUAGCGCAUUGUUUUAAAGUUUUUCUAGUUCAAAUACAUCAUUCCAAUUUCA